CGAAAAACAUGUCUCUACAAGAUAAUCAACAGUCUAAAUCCUUCCUAUGUCGUUAUCGUCAGCUGGCUCCGUCUGCUUCGGUCAGAGUCUCCCCAUUAUGCCUGGGUGCCAUGAACUUUGGUGAGGCAUAUAAAGAUGGCUUGGGUGAAUGCAACAAGGAAACUUCAUUUGAAAUACUAGAUCAUUUCGCCAGUCAAGGCGGUAACUUUAUUGAUACAGCCAAUAUGUAUCAAGAUGGGGAAUCUGAACAGUGGCUUGGAGAUUGGAUGGCAUCCCGCAAAAAUCGAGAUGAAAUGGUUAUCGCCACCAAGUACUGUACUGCCUACAAAUUACAUCUCAAGGACAAGAUUCAAGCAAACUAUGGUGGUAACGGUCUCAAGUCUAUGCGCAUUUCGGUUGAAGAAUCCCUUAAAAACCUUCAGACAACCUAUAUUGACUUGUUCUACUUGCAUUGGUGGGACUACACUGUUAAUAUUCCAGAGCUGAUGCACGGCUUGAACGAUCUUGUGGCUUCCGGCAAGGUAUUGUACUUGGGAAUCUCCAAUACACCAGCAUGGAUUGUUGUAAAAUGCAAUGAAUAUGCUCGUGAACGUGGUUUGCGUCAAUUCACCGUCUAUCAGGGACAAUGGAACGCUGGCCUUCGCGAUUUGGAACGAGAAAUUAUCCCAAUGUGUCGUGCUGAAGGCAUGGGAUUGUUACCGUAUGGAGCUUUGGGUUCAGGACGAUUCCAUACUAAAGAAGGUUAUAAAGAGCGCGAAAUUAACAACCCGGGUCGCAAAGGAAGACAAUAUUCCGAGCGGGAAAAGGCUGUGUCCAAGGCCCUGGAAAACGUCGCUAAUGCACAUGGCACAAUCCUCACCAGCGUUGCACUCGCAUAUGUCAGACAAAAAGCGCCAUAUGUCUUUCCAAUCGUUGGCGGAAGGACGUUAGAGCACCUCAAAGGCAAUAUUGAAGCUUUAAGUCUUUACUUGACCCAAGAAGAAAUGAAGGAAAUCGAAAAUGCCUAUGAAUUUGAUCCUGGCUAUCCAAAUACUUUCCUCAGUGGUAAUCUGAAUGUCGGUGGAGAGUUAUUCAGUGCCACCAAGCCAAGUAAUGUCUUUUGGACAAAGCGCCAAGGUACUUUUGAUUGGGUUGAGCCCGAAAAACCAAUCGGACCUAUUGAACAGUGAUAGUAGUGAAGCAAACAGAGUAGUCGUAAAUAAAAAAAUUACACCCAGUGAAUUUUUUGAUCUCGCGUGUACAGGGACAACAAAUACUGCGAAUGAAUCCCGACAUUGGUGAUCUCUUUCUGAGCAGCAUCACAAUUCGAAAUUUCAAUCUCUCUAAGGUCCCCCAUAUAUAGUUAGAAGCCGGUGCUCACAAGCUGCAACCGGCAUACAGAAGCUAGCAAUUUAGGUUGCAAUGAUGUGACGAAUUUCAUUGUAAAAACAUGAUACUAGGCAGCAGCUAACAAACGUCUAUGAUUCUUCCUCA